CCCUCCUCAUGUCUGACCUCUGGGAAUUUUACUGAGCUGGAAACACAGCAAAUUCUUAGCAAUGCUCAUAUGUUCAGAGAGGAUGUUUGGGAGAAUCUUGGUUGUGCUCUGUCUGGCAGGAUUACCUGCCCUGGCACAAAAUAUCUGCCAACCUGGUUCUGCAAAUGCCUACAAAGUGCGAAUCAGCAUCAAAACUGCUCUGAAAGACCAGGCUUAUGAUUGGAAUGAGAACGAAAUGUUCUUUUUCCGAGCGUCUUUGGCCUUUGCCAUGAGGACAUACUCUGCAAUAGAAACGUACAAUGUCGACAACAUUAUAGUGUGUAAUGAAACUCAGAGGGUGUCCUUCUGGUUUGUGGUGACAUCCCCAAGCAACCCCACUGUACUAAUAUCUAAGGCAGAUGUGGAGAAGGCUGUGAGGAUGUCAAGACGUCGCAUCAACAACGCCUUCCUCCUGACAGAUAAGACACUGGAAUUUAUUGACAUCAACCCGACGAUGGUCGCACCUGCCAUCCCUGCCACCCCACCCUGGCUCAUUGUGUUUGGAGUGGUUAUAGGGGCUGUGUUUACUGGAAUGAUUGCACUGCUUAUAUCCACCGUGCUUCAGAAGAGAAAGAAAGCAAAAGAGAUGACAGAAGAUAAGCAGGAUGAAGAGGACAGACAGGUGAAUGGACUGGAGAAUGGCACUGUCCUUGAUGGCACCUACAAUAGAGGAUUCAAAGAUGAUGAUUGCUUCACAAAUCUGUGAAGACUUCACCUGUAAGAUGCUGCUCAACAUCCUGGGGUAAACAAGCACAUGAUGAAAUAAGAGACAUUAAAACUUAGAAGUCCUAAAUAUUUUAAUGCACUACAGUUUAAAACCGCAGCAGCGAUGAGUAAAACAAAAAAAAUGAAUAGCAACCAGGGAAUAAAUUAAAAGAACAUUGAGACAUGUCAAUCCAACUGUUAUAACAAAGAUUUGUAUGUCUAGCAUUUUUUACAAACCUUACGAUCAGCGAUUGGGUUUCCUUUUUAAUUUUCUGGUAGAUUAUAUGGUGGCAUCUGGUGAA